UACGACUGUACUGCUAUUAAUUAUGAGAGAACGAAAGAGAAAAGUGACUGGGUACUACUAUAUUAAGUCUCACUGUCAUAGUGGUUGGCUCUGGGGUUCUUCUUUUGUUCAUCAUGCGGUCUUUCUUUGAGAGUCUUUUGUUCACGAUGAGAUGCUGGGAAAGUUUCCACCCUUGGCCAUCAGAGCACGGGAGGUGAAGCUGCAUUCAACAAGUAAGUAUUCAACGCAAGUUCCCUCUGCCCUCUGCCCUCUGCCCUCCUCAUGUUGUUCCUUUGACGAUGUAUGAUGACAUUGUGUGAUCAAGAGGCUGUUGUGGCAUGUUGAGCUUGAAGAUGGUCAAACCAACAGCCAAUACCGAACCGCCACUGGCUGGCCAAUCGGAUCCUCCCCGCACAAAGCAAUCAAGUUCCAAAACCUCUUUGGGAGCCGAUCAAUCAAUCAUUCCUUCGCUUGAUCUUCUCUCACAAAUUGCUCUUCUGCGAACAUCAACCAGACUUCCUCAAAACUAAAGAAACACUCGUAAAAGUUCACACAUCACGCAAACAUCCACAAUGACAACAUCUACAUCUACAUCUACCAAGCCAUCCACAAUGAAGCAGCGAUCCCGCAGCAGCGGCGACCUCCGUGGUGUUGUGAGUUGCAUGAAGAAGACGGACGACACACGGUCACUCCACAUCCGCCAGUGCGCGGUUGGCUUUGACACCAUGGAGGUUUACGAAUUCCCUCAAAUCCUGGGGGACAACCCGGCUUGCACUACCGGUGCUCCUCUCACUCUGGACUGGAAACCCGUGGCACAGUCCUCCAUGUUGAUUGACUAUUACGAGUUCACGCGCAAUCCCCGACGAACCAAGCGAAAGAUGCUCACCAGCAGCGAUGAGCGACACCGAUACCUAUUGAACAAUGGCGUCAAACUGUCCGACAUUGAAAAGACGUUGCUUUUAAUCGACCAAAUCAAGAAAGAUCGAGCAUCGUCUCUCAAAACGCACAAGUGGGAUGGAUUCCUCAACGUCGUCCAGAAUGCCGCCAAAAAGACAGUAUCGUAUCCCACUAAGCUACUGACUGCGUCUUCCUCCAGCAAUGCCAGUAGUAACAAGACCACGGAUGCAAAACAAGCCAAUGUGGGUGCAAGGACUGCGUAAAACCUAAAACUGCUACAACAGCGCAUGGCACACCUCCCUCUUCCUUCAUCAUCCGCAAAAAACAACUCAAAUCAUACAAAACAGCUCCCUUGUAAAACUAGUCUAGCUACUUCUUAGAACACACUAUAUCCAUGCUU